UCAACCUUCACCUCUUUCUUUUCAUUUUUUUUUUUUUCGGUUUUUUUGGUUUUCUGUUUCUCCAAGUCUCUUCUGGAAUUCUAACUAGGAUUGGAGGAGGAAUAGCCGCACUCUCUCUCUAUCUAUUUAUCUUUCGCUGGCUUUAUAAUCAGAUCUCUGGAGAAAAUUGAGAAAGAAAGAUGGAGAGGGAGCUGGUGGAGUUGUUCGAAGCGGCGAAAAAAGCGGCGGACGCCGCGACUUCCGGCGACGGAGGUUCGGAAGAAAGCCGAUGUCUUGAUGCGUUGGAGCAGCUUAAGGAUUUUCCCGUCACUUAUCACCUCCUUGUCUCUACCCAGGUUGGGAAGCGUCUUCGACCUCUCACAAAGCAUCCUAAAAGGAAAAUCCAGACUGUUGCUUCCAGCUUGAUUGAGAUAUGGAAAGAUAUUGUUAUAAAGGAAACAAGCAAAGAUGUGAAAAAUGGCAAUGUAGAAAAUAAGACAACGGUUAAAGUUGAGACUCCAAAAUCUGAUAAGGUUGUUAACAGGACCUCUUCUUUGAAGGUUACCAAGACAGAAACUGUCAAGGUUGAGAGAGCUGGGCAUGAUGUUACACCAAGCUCUGGAAAAGCUUUUAAGUCGGAAACUGUCACAGCAGAGAGAAAAAUUGUCAAGACUGAAAAUACUUCUGUGGCGGAAAAUGUUAAGGUUGAGAAGAUAACCAAAGAAGUGAAGAAUCCAGCACUGAGCAAUUCUGCUCUCCCAAAGCUGCCAUCUAUGUUAAAAUGUAAUGAUCCCUUACGGAAUAAAGUACGGGACAUGUUGCUUGAAGCAUUCUCUAAGGUUUCUAGUGAAGCUCAUGAAGAUAUUUUGUAUCAAGUGAAUGAAUGUGACCCUAUUCGUGUUGCUGUUUCUGUGGAAUCAGUACUGUUUGAAAAUUGGGGCGGUUCUACCGGUUCCCAGAAGGCUAAGUAUAGAUCCUUGAUGUUCAACCUCAAGGACCCAAAGAACCCAGAUUUCCGCCGAAAAGUCCUUCUGGGAGAUGUUAAGGCUGAGAGGCUUGUGAACAUGAGCACGGCAGAAAUGGCUAGUGAUGAGAGGAAAGAACAGACCAAGAAGCUGGAAGAGAAAGCAUUAUUUGAUUGUGAGCGUGGAAAUGAAUCAAAAGCUACAACUGAUCAGUUCAAGUGUGGUCGAUGUGGGCAACGAAAGACCACCUACUAUCAAAUGCAGACAAGGAGUGCUGAUGAACCUAUGACAACCUACGUAACCUGUACAAACUGCCAUAACCGGUGGAAGUUCUGUUAGUCAGUCUUGUAGGCGUUGUUAUUUGUUGUCAAUUGACAUCAUCCUAUAGCUUAAGAAGUGGCAGCAGUUGUAGUGUGGCUUUGUGCCAUUGUGACCUUCAUUGAGGAAUUGAUAUGUAGAAUUUUUAUCAUGUUCUCAUCAUGUAGGACAGUUAGUUUUUAAAUUUAUUUUUUCACAGUAUUUUUAAUGGAUCUUACAAGUUUAUGAAGUUUUCGCUCCUCAUUUUAUAUUA